AUGAAGGCGAGCGCAGGUACAUCGUCUGAUACAUCUUGCGAUGUGUCGCUAGGAAGGCGAUCUGCUGGAACAACAUUUUUCCGUUGCAUAACCGGCCAACCAAAAUUACAAGUCACUGCCGGCCAUGCCUAUCUCCGUGCCAUUGAAAAGGAUAUCGCACCAAAAUGGGCUCCUGAUAUUUUGAUUUUAAGCUUGAUUUUACCUUGUUUCAAGCGACAUUCAGCUAACUAUUUAGCAAAUAUGUUGGGGUGGCUGUCUGGUUCAGGACGCGGUGAAUACACGGGCUUUACAGAAGAUUCUAAAGUCCAGGAUGCCCCCGAAACCCCAGCCCCUGUCUUUGCCUUUCGAGCUUUUAAAAGCGCCUUUGUAGGCACCCCAGGCCCCGAUGCAACCGACGAUGAACUUACUGUUCCCAUAAAAACAUUGAAACCUGCCAUUCAUCGCAAGAGCAUCGAUAUACAUGUACCACCAAAACAAGAAAAGCCUUCCCCAAUAGAUAUGCAGCCAUCACUCCCUCAGCCGGAUGAACUUACACAACCUAUGGCAUCGCCCACAAAGAGCAUUCUUCUCACGCCAGGAACCGCCUCUACGCGACGGAAGACAGUGUCAUUUGGUGAAGGGGUGGUGGAUAAUGAACGAAAAAGGUCCCCUUUCGAAUCCACGGCCUAUAACGGCAAUAUCAGCGGACAAUGGACAUGUAAACAACAUGUAGGAAAUGGAAGAAAUCGAAGUAAACUCACUCAAUCGCUCAUAGAAGCUCGGGGACAGAAAUUAAGUAACGAAAAGAAACUGAAUGAAAAUGACGAGCUCUUCGAUAUUGUUAUUCGAAAAGAUCCCACGCGGGUUAAGGAGGUCUUCCAAUCGGGUAAAACAGAACAUGACGAGGAAGACGAAGACGAAGAUGACUCAACGACAAACCUUAACGAACCCCGUUCACAAUCGGGAAUAUACUGGAAGUCUGAAUUCGACAGUUAUAGAGCUAGGACUGAUCGCGAGAUUAAAAAACUCAUUGAAUAUAGAUCUGUCGCGAAGUCCUACGCGAAGAAAAAAGAGUUGGAAAUGCGGCGUUUGUCUGAUAAGUUGAAACGAGAAGAAGCCAAAGCUUCGAAUGAAGCCAUGUUCAAGGAGUUGUCCAAGCAAACCGCCUUGGCUGUACAAUAUAAGCGCAAAACAGACUCGCUACGCAGGGCCCUAAAGCAACAUGGAGUCCUGGACAGUGAUGGCGAAUCCCCAGGAAAAAAUUCGGGCUCCGAUGAUGUUUGCCUGAAGUUACUUGAGACAGAAAAGGCGCUGGAGCUGGCUAACGCCAAGCUCAAGGAUGCAAAAAACAACAAACCAGAUACGAAAAAGCUUCAAGAUCUAGUUGAAAGUUCGGAACGUAAAGCUAGCGAACUUCAAAAGGAAAACAAAGCACUGAAACAAAGCCUCGCCAGGUUCAAGGAGGAAAUGGCUAACUAUGAGGACCGGCGACAAGCAAAGGAAGAAAGACUAAAACAGAAAGAACAGAAGCUUCAAGGUCGUGUUCAAGAAUAUAAAAAUCGCCUCCACGAGGAAAGACAACAGCAUCAAGAAGCAGAGAGACUUUUGAAGCAGUCAUUCACCGACGAAAAACGAUAUAUGCAGGGUAUAAUUGACUCACUCCGUCAAGACAUAUCCACAGUGGAACAAAAUUCUCACAACCAUACCAAGCGGAAGAGCGAAACAAGGGUGUCUCCGAACCAUAUAGAGAUGCGACAGCGGGAUGACUUACAGGAUAUGCAUGAUAGGAAAUUUAGCCCGCGAAAGGGGACCGCAAUGGGGACCAGAAUCACUCAAGGUCACAGGGAUACAAUAGAAAGUCCUAAGAAAGGUAAUACCCAAAAUGAGCGUAUUCUCAACUGUGACAUACCUCGAAAUAAUGGUGAUGGGCAGAUCGAUAUGGGGGAAUUGCAAUCACGGCUAUCUGGGCGAGACGGGACGCGGGCAGAGAACACUAGACCGAUUAGAAAAGGUUCAUUGAUCGAUUACAGCGAGGAAGACGAGCCACUGAAUGAUCUGGAAGACUCUCUCGCACGACCUAGAAGUCGAGAUACCGCACCCUUCCUUGAUCGAAACAGCCCCUCCGUCCCUCCAUCAUCGCCACCCGCACAUCAAUCAAUAGAGAACCACCCAGAAUUCUCCAUAUCAACCCCAAGAACAAAACUACACAUCCAACCCCGCAUAACAAUAUCUCCCAGACCCUCCAUGGUUCACAUGUCACCAAAACCCAAAGCCCUUUCAAAACAAUCAAGCCAAUAUCAUCACCAUCUCAGACGCAAGGCCAGUGCGGCUCGAGUAUUCCCUAGGGCUUCUUCCAAAGUUGGAGUGCCGGUCUCUUCAGGGCCGAAUCGUCGAAUUCCCCCGCUCGACAAGUCAAUACCCCCUGGAAGUGAUUCCGCCAACAGUCCUGCUGGUAUGAAACGUGAUGCGCUCCCUGCGGAUAGAGUGGCGGCGGCUAUGAGACGGCUUAAACUUAAGGAGAAAAGGUGGAAUGCUGACGGGAAGGAGAAUGUCUGGUCAGGUUGA